GGGGAAUGAGUUUAUAGCUAAGUCAUGCAUAUCUGAUCUGAAUAUUUAGUUGGAUAUAUUGUACAAAGUUAGCAAUAAAAUCUUGCAUUGUUUUCAUAACUAUUCAAGAAGUGGAUAUGGCGGCUUAUCUUCAUCAUCAGCAGAUACUUCUUUCUGUUCUUCUUACUUCUUUGAUGUGUUCAAGAUUAUGCUAUGCUCAGGGUCCGCCUUCUCCGGGCUAUUACCCAAGUUACAAAGUUGGAUCCAUAUGGUUCAACCAGUAUUUUAGCAGUUAUUGGGGUUCUCAGCAUCAAUCUCUUGACCAGCGUGGAACUUUAGCCAUAUGGCUCGAUCGAGCCACAGGAAGUGGGUAUAAAUCUCAUCGUCCAUACCGAUCAGGCUAUUUUGGGGCUUCCAUCAAGCUUCAUCCCGGAUAUACGGCUGGUGUUAUUACAUCAUUUUAUCUGUCAAACACGGAACAACAUCCUGGGACCCACGAUGAGAUCGACAUAGAGUUCCUUGGAACGACGCCGGGGAAGCCGUACACCUUGCAAACCAAUGUGUACAUCAGAGGGAGUGGAGACGGAAACAUCAUCGGACGGGAAAUGCGGUUCCACCUGUGGUUCGACCCCACCCUAUAUUUCCACCAUUAUGCCAUUCUUUGGAAUCCUGACGAGAUCAUAUUUUAUGUCGACGACGUCCCAAUCCGACGGUAUCCGAGAAAGAUCGACGCCACGUUUCCACAAAGGCCUAUGUAUCUGUACGGCUCAAUUUGGGAUGCAUCACCUUGGGCCACUGAGAAUGGCAAGUACAAGGUUGACUAUAAUUACCAACCCUUUGUUGCCAAGUAUACAAAUUUCAAGAUUUGGGGUUGCGACGAGCAGGCCGCCGUCUGGUGCCGCCCCGUGGCUAGCUCUCCGGUCGGGUACACGGGGCUGAGCCGCCAGCAGUAUGUUGCCAUGGAGUGGGUGCAUAGGUACCGUAAGGUGUAUGACUAUUGUCAGGAUUCGACUCGAGACCACUCACGAACACCAGAAUGUUAUUAAGUAAUUUGGUAACUUCUAUGGUACCCUACAAAUCAGAAGGUUUUAGUACAUCAAAUUAUUUAUGUGUCUAUUAUUCGUCAUAUAAUUUUACCGACUUCAUAUUACGUCAUUUACUAAUAAAUUUGCUUGCAUCAAGAAUUUAUUAGUUGUAAGGCAUGAUCACUAAGUUGGUGAAGUUAUAUGACUUAUAGCCAAUAUAACAUAAAUUACGUGACUGAAUCUAUAAAUAAAUCUUCUUAAAUUUGUUUAAUUAUUAAGAUAGCAAAAAGGGGUAAAUGUAUAAAGAUUGACCCCAUAUUUUCUUGAUCAAAUCAAUUAGUUACAAGUCCAUAAAUAUUUAGAAAAAAAUCCACUUUUGGUCCCAUGACUAUUAUACUACUUUCACAUUUAAUCUCUUACUUUCAGAUUGUCCACAUUUAGUCCGUGACCAUUAUCCCCUAAUAAUGGACUAAAUGUGGAAGUGGUAUAAUAGUCACGGGACCAAAAGUGGAAUAUUUGAUAAGCAAUAAAACAAUACUAAACCCUAUGAAGUUGAUAGGGUACCAUAGAAGAUCCUUCAAAGUUAAGGGUCAUAUCUUCAAGUUAAUAAAGGCCUUGAGAUGGCAUGGGUUCCACUUGACCUGAGUGUACCAGCAGAGGGUUGUUGAAGCUAGCGUCCAAGCCUCUCCAGAUAUGAUUGUGAAAUUUGUAAUCAAUUUCGGCAUUAUUGUUUUCUUUUCUGUUGCAAAAUAUAUCCUGUAAAUAUAUAUACACUCUGUAAAGAUUGGGAAAAAUCCAAAGGAAACACAAAGUGUUAAUAAUGUGUUGGUUACACAUGUACCAGCAGCCAUGUGUGUCAUAGUGUCUGUGCAAAUUUAAGUUUAAUUUCCUUGUGUUUUAAUUGUACACAUUCCUUACUAUUUUCAUAUUGUUCAUGAAUUCAAGUUUGAAUAUGUAUAUAAAACUUUCUGUUAUCUGUUAUCACUUGUCAUAUAUGCACAUUUU